UACAUCAAAUCAAAUUCAAACAAUAAUAUCGAAAAAAAGACAUCAGAUAAUCGAUGAUGAUGAUGAUGAAGGAUCAAGAUUAAACGACGGAAGCAUAUCUUUAUCCUCUUUUUUCACAUUAUCAUCAUCAUCAUCAUCAUCUUCAUUAUCGAAUAGAACGAUAUCAUCGAUAAAAGCCAGUCAUUAUAAUCAUCAUCAUUAUCAUAUAAAUCAUAAUAAUAGUAGCCAUUAUUAUUGUCAUCGGCCACAUUGUUCAUCAUCAUCAUCAUCAUCAUCAUCACCACCACCACCAUCACCAUCACCGUUAUUUUUAAUGACAAAUAUAAAGCCAACAAUCAUCAUUUUAGCCAUAUUUUGUCUAAUUUCAUCACCAUUAUCAUCAUCAUCAUUGUUUACAGUUGCCCAAGCACAACGACAAAAUCUACCAGAUCUUUCGGAUACAUCUACAUCACCUAUACGUGUAAAUGUUGGUGAUGAUAUCGAUAUUGAUUGUGUGAUUAAAAAUCGUAAUAAUUUAACCGUAUUAUGGAAAUAUAUAAAUGGUACAUCGGAAUCAUUAUUAGCCGCAAAUCAAGUGAUUGUAAGCGAUGAUAAACGUUUGUCCGUCAUACAUCAUGAACAACAGGAACGUUGGAUAUUACAGAUACGUUUUGCACGUGUACAGGAUACCGGUGUAUAUAAAUGUGAAGUGAAUUCUAUACCGAAAACAUAUGAAACACGUAUGGUAAUGGUUAGUGUACGUAAAACAUAUGUGGAUAAUAUUCGAAAUAUGGAUCAUUAUAAUAAUAAUAAUCAUACGGAUUCAUCAUCAUCAUCAUCAUUAUCGAUGCAACAACCACCAUCAUCAACAAUAUCGAUUCGUGGUUCAUAUGUACCGGAUGAAUAUCGACCUACAACAUCACCUGCAUUACCUCCCGGUUCUACUGCUUAUAAUUCAUCAAGUCCAUUUGUUGAUCGUUCAUUUUAUGAAUGUUGUCAAACUGAAGGUGUUCCUAUUUUAUGUAAAGCAUUAUGUAAUCUACAAGCAAUGAUUAGUGAUCAAACAAAACCAUUUAUGUAUACAUUAUGUUAUAAUUAUAUGGCCCAUAUUUUCCGUUGUAUAUCGGAUGGCCGUAAUCAUCUUCCUUGUUGUCAACGGCAACAAGUACCACAACUUUGUCAACCAUCAUGUAGUGGUCGAUAUUCAUUGGAAAAAGCAUUGGAUCAUGCCAUUUGUCAUGAACAUUCGAAAACCAUUUUGUUUUGCAUUGCUGAUGGCCUUCAAGUACUACCGGAACAACCACAAGAAAUACAAGCGGAAACAAUCAAUUCAACGUUUAUUUUAUUAAAAUGGACAAAUCGUGAUAAUAGUUUAGCAAAUCAAUAUAAAAUUAUUUUCCAUGAAUUGCAUUCAUUUGAUGAAAAUUGGUCGAAAAUAAAUCAUACUGUAACCACAAAUGAUGAACCAGAACAAACUAUUAUUGUACCGGCAACAAUAACUGAAACAUCUAUCGGUCCAUUGAAACGUAGUACAAUGUAUGAAAUAAAAAUGAUUGCCACAAAUAAUUAUGGUGAAAGUUUACCAACCAAUGAUCUACGUGUAGUAACACAUUCAUCAGAUGCAAAAAUAUCAGAUUCAAUUAAAUCGAUUGGAAAUAAUACAGAAUCAAAUGAAAAUGAUAAUAAUAACAAUAAUAAUAAUGGAACCGUUGCACCAAGUUUAAGACGUUGUUGCUCACAACAAGGUGUACGUAAUGAAGCCUGUUUAAAACAAUUAUGUGAACCAUUCAUUAUUGAACCGGUAGAUGUGGAAGAAAGUAUUAUGUGUAUGAAAUAUAUGAAUACAUCAUAUCGUUGUAUUGAAGAAAUUCGUGAUAAUACUGAUUAUGAACAAUGCUGUGAAGAAGAAGGUGUUAAUGGUUUUUGUAAACAUUUCUGUUCUGGACAAACAUCAUUGAUGUAUGAUUUUCAAUCACAAUUUCAAUGUCUACCAUACAUGUCAUCAUUGAUUAGCUGUGUACUUGAACGUAAAGGUUUUGUUACUACUGAACCACAAACAGUUUCAGUAUCAAGUGUACAUAAUGAUUGGGCAUUAGUACAAUGGAAACCACCGAAAAAACGUAUUGAAACAAUAACAAAAUAUCAGGUUCAUUAUCGUGAACUAUCGGAAGAUGCUGAUGAUUUUUAUUUUGUUGAAACGGCUGAUAAAUCACCAUUUUUGAUUGAUAAACUUCGACCAUCAGCUAGAUAUGAAGUUUUUGUUACGGCUGUCAAUAAACAUGGUGUUAGCCGUGGUUCAUCUCGUGUAUUGUUCAAUACAACAUCACCAGAAAUUGAUCCAAUAUCUGAACAAUUAGAUCAAACAGAUACAAGUUUAGGCUAUAAUGAAACAUUAUGUUGUGAAAAAGCUGCAGUACAGAAUACUUGUUUACCGUUAUGUAAUUAUCAUCUUAAAAUGCGUGAUUUAUUCAAAUUGAGUCUAUUCUGUGCUGAACCAAAAACGGCUCGAACAAUAUUACGAUGUUUAGCUGGUGGCCGUGAUCAUCGACCAUGUUGUGAACGUCGUGGUAUCGACAGUGAUUGUUUUGAUCUUUGUAAUGGAAUGAUUACAUUCACGUCAAGAGAUGUCGCCGCCAAAUGUUCAAAAUAUGAUGGUAAAAUAUUUCAAUGUAUGGCUGAAGGUGCCGAUACAUUACCGGGUAUGCCACAAGAAUUACAUGCAAGUAAUGUAACAUCAACUUCAAUCAGUAUUGCAUGGAAUAAAUCAUCGGAUGAAUUACCGGUAAAUGAUCAGAUUUCAUUUCAGAUACGGUAUUCACCAUUAUCAUCAAAUCAAACAAUACCACCACAUCCAUUUGAUGAUAAAUAUUCAACAAAAUUGAAUGUAACCAAUACACGUUUUACAUUGACAAAUCUGAAACCAAAUACAACACAUAGUAUUUAUGUUGUAUCAGCAAAUCAAUAUGGACAAUCGGCACCGAGUCAAGUAUUAGUCGUACGUACUAAUCCAGUUAAUGUUACAAUCAAUACGAACGUGACACAUGCAACUAUUGGUCCCCCACAUGGUCUUGAAUUGAUUCGUAAAUCGAUCACAGCUUUAGUGUUUCGUUGGUCUGAACCACAUUAUUCAUCACCAGACGUGACCUAUUCAUAUGAUAUUUUCUUUCAAAAAGUCAAAAAUCUUAAUGCUGGUAAUCUUACAUGGAUAGUAUUGCAUAGCAAUACAAAUAUAAUUGUCAUACAGAAUCUAACACGUAAUACCCAAUAUGCAAUAUCUGUACGUGCACGAUCAUCAAAUGGUCAAGUAUCACCAUUAUCUGAAACAUUAUUGGCAUGGACCGAUCCAUCAUUACCAUUGGAAAUUAGUCAACCAUUUGUGCAUCCAUUCCCAAUAAUUGAAGGUUCAAUGGUAACGAUUCGUUGUGAAUCAAUCGGUUAUCCAAUACCGAAUAUGACCGUUUUUAUAAAUGGUCUAAAAGUUAAAACAGAAAAAGCACGUAUCAUACAUCAUUCAAUCGAUUAUGUUGAACGUAAUCUAUCAGCAAUUGCCUGUCAAGCUGUGAAUGAAGAAAGCCGUCAUCCAGUACAAAGUUUUCGUGAAGUUAAUGUUCACUUUGCACCGACCAUUACAUUGUAUAAAGAAUCCAAAAUCGUACAACGUUACAGUAUGGCAAUUUUGGAAUGUGAAUUUUCUGGUUAUCCUAAACCGAAAAUUCGUUUCCUAAAAGAUAAUUUAUUGAUCAGUCGCUUUAAUAAUUCGAGAAUUUUUCCACAUUUAAAGAAAACGAAAACUUGGGUAGCCACUUUUGUCAUUGCUAAUGUGGAUAAAGAAAAUCAAGGAAAUUAUGAUUGUAUUGCUCGUAAUGAUUAUGGUGAAGAGAAAAAGACAUUAAAAUUAUUAGUUGAUGAUCAAGAACAUGUUUCCAAAAAUUAUACAGAAUGUUGUGAAAAGAAAAAUAUUCCAAAUGAAUGUAUGUUUGUAUGCCAUAAAAAAGAGAUAAAUCUAUUCGAUGUAUAUAAGAAUCAAAAAUGCCUUGAACAUCUGAACAAAUACAUUUAUUGUGCUGCGGAUGGAAGUGAUCAUCGCCGUUGUUGUAUGUUCCGUGAAGUGGCCACCGAAUGUCUACAUUGGUGUGCUGGUUAUAAAAUACAAAAAAUGGAUUAUUGUCUAGUUAGUUCGGCCCGUGAUAUAAUGAGCUGUUUCCGUGAAGGUAAUCGUUUCUUACCAUCACCGCCAAGAAAUGUACAUGUACAUUCUAUUUAUUCAAAUAAUCAUGUAUUAAUCGAAUGGGAAGAUUCGGAUAAGAAUCGUGAUUCAACACAUUGGUAUUGGGUUUAUUGGAAAAAAGUCGGUACCAACGAAAUGGAUCGUGAUCGUAUAGAAAAAAAUUUCUAUGAACUAACAUCAUUGGAACCGGAUUCAACAUAUGAAUUUGUGAUCAAAACAAAUAAUUAUCAUGGAACCAGUAUACCAUCUGAACCAUUGGUGAUCAAUCUAUCAAGAUUACAGGCCGAAUAUCUUACAUCGGAUAGUCAAAUUUUGACAAAUGUAAUGCUAACAUUAUUGUUCUUUUUGUUAAUAUUUGCCGCUAUUGCAUUGGUUUAUUAUGGAUCAAGUAAAAAUCGUUUCCUAUCGAAAUUUCGUUCAUCCAAUUCAUCAUCAUUAUUCGGUGGUCGUCGAUCAACAAAUAAUGGUAGUAAUAUUGGUGUAUCAUUUGAAAAUCAUGCCUAUAAUCUUGAAGAUACUAUACAAAUGCAAGAAUCGACCGGCACUAGGCCAACACAAAAUGGAAAUCAUCAUCAAUCAAAUAAUAAUAUUGUAGAACCUGUCAAUCUAUUUGGAUCAUCUGAUCAGAAUAAUAAUCCAAACAUCAAUAAUAAUAAUAAUGGCCAACCUCGUGUACAGAUACGUUUGAAUUAAAAACAAAAAAAAACAAAACAAAACAAAACAAAAUAAUUGAAUCCUCAUGAUGGUAAUGAGAUACACACA